UCGGUUCUAAGGAUUAUUCCUCAUUCAUGCACUCGCCGGGCCUUCGAGUGCAUGUACGUUGUUUCGAUAGGGUGCGAGAGUUCCUCCUUGAGGGACGCUGAGUAAAGAAGGAUUCCCCAUGUUCAUAUCCUUCCAUCUGUAUCGCUCCUAGUUCAAAAACAUAAGCACAAGUGGCAAAUUAGUGGCUCGAGCCACUUGGUGAUCAAAAGAACACUUGACACAUCGGCGUCAUAGACAGAGUUGACCCUCUUCUAAAGUUCCAUGGAAAAUGUCACUACAGUCGCUACAGUCAUACAGUCAGAAGUCAAAGACCUCAAGAACGCCCCUAGUACUUGAAGACUGAUUCGAGAACGUGAUGAUGAUGGUGCCAGUUUGAAAGACAGAAAUCUCAAAAUGAAGACCAAAAAGCAAGAUCUGGCCUUAAAAAGAGCCUUCGACACGCUUAUCAUGACCUCUCGUAGCAAUGUCGAGUUUGAUCCAAUUGAAAGGGACGAGGCUGUGUCUAACACGAGAUGGUUCUUGAUCGAAGAGAACCACAACUACGAUGUGAGGGAUGCCUUGGCUGAAGGCGAAGUGGGACUCUUUGUGGAUCCUAGCCAAUCUCCUUCAAAAGCUUGUACUCUAGAAUAUAUUCGAUGGUUCACGCUUCGAUUCGUCGUCCAAUCGUUGGGUUUUCGGAUAAUCACGUUCAGCCUCAUCAUCAUCGACUUAAUACUCAUUCUAGUGGAUCUCAUUUUGGACUGUCCCCCGGGGAAAGCAUCACGUGUGCUAAAUUUCGUGGAUUUUGGCCUGUCUUGCGUCUUUAUGUUGGAACUUUUCCUUAGAAUCUUCGCCCUUAGACCAAAAGUAUUUUUCAAGACGAAGCAUUGGUUCAACAUUUUGGAUUUUAUCAUAGUUUUGCUCACUUUGACCAUAUCAAUCGCCUACACCAUAACCAUAGAGAAAUCCAUUGCUGAUGGCAUCUUCCGAGAUGGCUCUUGUGAACCUAUGAAGAAGUUAACGCUCUUGAGCAUCUCCAAAAUUUUAGUCAUUUUCCGCAUGAUUCGAUUCCUUCGGCUGCUCCGCCUCCUGCGGGUUUACACGGAGCAUCACCAAAUCAAGCGGGCCAUUCGUCAAAAAGUUUCUCAGAACAAACGGCGUUACCAGCAAGAUGGCGUCGAUCUGGAUCUGACCUAUGUCACCCGGAACAUCAUAGCCAUGAGUUUUCCCAGCACUGGACUCAUGUCGUGGUACCGGAACCCCAUUCGUGAAGUCAAGGCCUUUCUCGACCAUCACCAUGGGGAGUACUACCAAGUGUACAACCUGUGCAGUGAGCGAACUUACGAGGACCAUUGGUUCCACAACCGGGUAACUCAUUGGCCCGUGGACGAUCAUAACGUGCCUUCAGUGGUUGAAAUGGUCGAGUUCGUUGAUCAGGUAAUGAACUGGCUUUCGAGUAAUGAGAAAAGUGUUGUGGCCAUUCACUGUAAGGGAGGCAAAGGACGAACAGGAACCAUGAUCUGCAUUCUUCUGAUCGAGUUCGAGUUGUUCCAAAAUGCUGCCCAAUCCUUGGAAUUCUUUGGCCAAAGGCGCACGGACCGAAAUGUUUCGAAUCAGUUUCAAGGCGUGGAGACGGCCAGUCAGAUCCGUUAUGUGACAUAUUUUGAAACACUCCGAAAACUUCCGCAAAAGUUUCCCGAAGAUGUUUGGAUGAAGAUGGAUCAAAUCCGAAUUACAGGGAUUUCGACUGUUGGCAAAGGCAAUGGAUCCGAUCUGUCCUUGAAAGUGUCGAGUCGUCAUCAGGAUGUGUUGUAUUUAGAUGACGCACUCACGAAUUCCCAAAUGUGGAACUACAACCCAAACGAUGAUUGUCUAACCAUCAAAAUGUCAGAUCAAUGCCCAGAAGUUGUCCACGACAUCAGAUUGAAAUUCUAUUCCUCCUCGAGUCGCUGUCCGAAAGGCUAUGAAGAUUGUGCGUUCUACUUCUGGUUCCAUACGUUCUUUGUAGACGUGGAAGGCCAAAUCCCCGCAAGACACAAUGUUCCUCAAACGGUGGAACAACUUCAGAGGCGACAAUUGAUCCUUCGGCGAGAAGAAAUUGAUAAUCCUCACAAGGAAAAAACUUGGCAUGUCUACAAGGAGAAUUUCCAGAUUGAAGUGCUCUUUCGAGUUGCUCGAGCCUAAUACUCCUUGAACGAACUUGCAAGAGCUUGCAAGAGUUCGCAAUAGCCCACCAUUUCCACUACCAUUAGUUGGACCAAUGACAGUACCUGAACUUACGAGCGGUGGCCUUGAUCCCACGUGACAAGUGACGACGACUUCGAGGAUUGAAUGUUGGCAAUAAAUCUAAGUUAGUUCGACCAUCAA